AGAAAUUGUUGAAAUCUAGAUGGAGGCGACCUGUGUUGCUUUUACGGCUUAAUAACUUCAAUUAAAAUGAGCCUAGUUUGGUCAAUUGAAGUGAUAUUCUCCUACUUUACCUUUUACUAAUGGCGUAUAGAAUAAUUAUAUCCACAUACAAGCACAUAUUAUACAUGAAACUCAACAUACAAGCACAUAUUAUACAUGAAACUCAACGCAGCCUCAAUCUCAAGCUAACACUGAAGUGUAUUUAUAUGCAUUAGCAGUUCAUAGACUCAUUUUAUGGUGCUCCUGAUGAUUUUGCCAUCUUUUGUAGUUAUAGAUUUGAGAGAAACGUUCUAUUUUUUUGAUGUAGCAGACAUGUCUUUAUAUGUCAAGUUCCUGGAUAUUGGCUUCAUUGUAUAUAGGCAGGCUCAUUGUAAUUAUCCUGUAAAUAGGUCCCCAUGUGCAUUUAUUACUGGUGAUCUUAUUCUUAGGUCUGAUUGCAUAGCCAAGUUUGGGAGGUUCAAAAGAAUUCAGGUUUAUGCAUCAAAAUGUGGAUCCUGCAAUCUUUGCGGGGGGGAACAUCUACUGGUGCAAUCAAAGAGAAUGGAAGAAGUCAGUUUAUCUGGGGCAACUGGGACAAACAGUAAUGAAGAUUUUUGGCUGGACUUUGAAGAACCGAGCCAGCCACUAGUAUGAUAUAGGGACUUUACAUGAAUGGUGUGCUAUGUAACGGUGGUCAUUGUUCAUGUUCCAGUUCCAAUAAAAAAGUCGGUGUUCUCCAUGUAGCCCUUAAUUAUAUAUUCUGUAAUUACAUGAUAAUUUCUAAUUGGAACUGAAAUUGUUUGUCAGGGCAGAAUCACCCUGACUCCCA